AUGGGAAACUCAAAAGAAAUAAGUAAAAUAGACCGUAGUACUUUCAAUUCAAUACGAAGGCCGAGAGGAAAAACAAAGCGUCAUUGGGAGAAAGGUUCACACCAAUCGUUCUUUUUUAUGCCUUUAUUAUACAACUGCUGCUCGUUUUUGCGCAGAAGAAAAACCCCCAAAAGAGCUACGAGCGGAGGGAGGGAAAAUAAAGGAAAAAGAGCAGAAACACCGCCACCACAUAUUUCCUAUCAACGGCUGGCCAUUUUCUUCAUAACAGCUACUUUCUGUCAAAAGUUUCCUGGCAAACGAGAACGAAUGGAAACCAAUGAAAUACGAAAAAAGAAAAUGUUAUUGAAAACUACCCUGUGA